CGAUCCCAGUUAGAAAUAGCACAGUAAGAAAUAACACUCUUGGAAAGCCAAGUGGACUAAGGCAGACCUCCGGCGAUCCGGCGACCGACGGUUGCUAUCGCUCCCGUGCCGGAAUAUGGGCAUAUACCUACGUAUGAAUGUACUCGACUAGAGCCAUAAAACCGUGAUCGAACCGAAGAAAUAAUGGAAUAAUUUCAACAUCAUGUAUUACAGCAACAAUUUCAGGGGGUUGUAUUAGCCCAUGAUUGAUAAUCUAAAUUGCAAUAAAUUCUGCACGCGAAUCGAGUGUCGAACCUUUGACAUGAGUCCAUAAAUUAAACUGCAAACCGGAGAGAAGCCCACGACGGAUCAAUAAUGGGUUUUAUCUCUUGAGAUAAAGAUCUGCAGAAGAUAUCUUUUGAUCUGACCUGAGAUCUGCAUGCAUUUAUGUUUAUUUACAUGACUGUAUCUGGGCUGGCAUUCUUAGUCAGGGGCGACUAUAGUUGGUAUCGCCGCUACUGUGUGAUAACGCUCUUUCGCAUUGCCCAUAGAUAAGCGCACUUGCCUAUCGCCGCGCCGGGGGAUUAGAGGCGAUUUUCUUUAAAAAACCACUCGCGAGCACCGGGUUUCAAGCAGUCAACGCUCUGCUCUCAGCACCUCAGCAGGUCUAGCUCUUAUCACUUAUUGCUGUGCCAGUCGGAUUUUCCACGCCUUCUGUCCGUUCGACUAUAUCUGCUUUAAGACCAUACCAGUCCAAGAUGGAUCACGAUCAUGACCACGGCUCGGAUGACAGCACCAGCACGGCCAAGUCCUGCCCCAUGAUCAUGGUGUUCCACGCUGGACACUGCGAGCGAAUUUUGUGGCGCGGAUGGGUGGCGUCCACCGUGACGGAGUUCGUGCUCUCCGCCCUGGCCAUCUUCCUGGUGUCCUUCCUGUAUGAGGCGCUCAAGUUUCUGCGCCAGCAACUGGCGCGCAGGGAAGCCCGCCGCGAGAGCGAGCAGCUGGCGGCGGAGCAGCGCAGGAAGAACGAGGCUCCGGCAGCCGGAGGAUGCUGUUCGGAAACUCCCCUGGCGGAGCCGAGGGAGCAGACCUACUGGCAGCGCUUGCUCGCCUCGUCGCACAUCGUCCAGUCCCUGCUGAACCUGCUGCAGAUCGUCAUCUCGUACCUGCUGAUGCUGAUCUUCAUGACCUUCAACUACUGGCUGUGCCUGGCAGUGAUCCUGGGACUGGGUCUGGGCUACUUCUUCUUCGGCUGGAACAAGAAGAAUCCCGACGAGAGCGAGUGCUGUCCUUAGAUCAAGGGUAUCGCUCUUGUUUGUUUAUAUUUCUUGCAAUUGUUAUAAACUAAGCCCUUAUCAGUUCUUGGUUCACACAUCAAACAGUCCCGUCCCCACGUAAUUAUACAAAUUGUUUAAAAAUACAAUUUUAUUCGAUAGUUA